CAAAGUAAUGGUCAAACUUUACUCUGUAUUCUCAGGCGAAUUUUGAUUCUCUGCUUUUCUCUUCUUUUGACUACGUACUCCACACCACCUUCGGCCAUCUCUCUCUCUCACACACUAUUGUCGCCAGAGCCGGUAUUCCACUUCCGGCCGCUGGAGAAAAAUUUGAUUACUCGUCUUCCGUACAAGCACCACUACACUGUAACAACGUAACAGCCAGGUGUACGCUGACAUUUAUGCUUCAACUGAAGCAAGUUUUACAGAUCCGGGGGAGUGAAAUGGUGGACAAAGCAUAUUCAAUUUGGACUUCUAGUAGCGGUGAAAGAAAUUUGAAGCUAGCUUCAAUUUCAAGAAUUAUCCCUGGACAAAAAAAUCUGCAAGGACAGAGUAGAGAUGGGGACCUGGAUAGUUGGUCUUAAGGCGGCGAUAUCAUCUCUUCUAGCUGGGCUGUCAUGACUUGAUGUAUUGAGUGAUCAGCCUCUCCUACGCAAUACAUAGAGCACCAAUUACAUUCUGCCCAUCACUAAGUCUGUGAUUCUCGGCUCUACAGACAGCCAUCACUGGAGUACAGCAGCAUCAGUAGUGAGGGUUCUAACAGAAUCUCUGCCUGCUUUGAUACCAUGAAAUAUAAAUCCAUCUUGCAUGUGUAGAAGACUUAAUGUAAAUGAAUUAAUAUGCCCUCCCUCUAGUAUCUUAAACUUUUAAAUGAGGGGUUUCAACAAACUAUGAAUCAUUUCUUGUUUGAUGUGGCUAGAGUACAGACGGAAAUGGAAUAACCUCUACAGUCUAUGAUGUGUUUGGCUGAAUAUAUGAUUGUGAUGAACAGAUAACAAAAAUUUGACAUCCAAUAGUCCAAUAGUUCUGUUAUUUUGAACGCACGCACUUCUUUCAAGAGCUAUCACCCAAAUGAUUCUGUUGCAUUCAGAAAGUUCACAUGGAGCUCUUGGCCAGACAAAUAUGCUGCUGAAAGUAUCUGGUUCAGAUGCUUUUCGGGUUAGUGUUUCUAGUGCCCCCAGUACUUCUAGUCAAGGUUCUACACCAGAUGAUUCCAAUGCUUUGGGGGAUGUUUAUAUGUGGGGCGAGAUUAUAUGUGACAAUGUUGUCAAGUUUGGGCCAGUGAAGAAUUCAAUUUCUGAGAGCAAAAGAGCUGAUGUGCUUCUUCCCAGGCCACUAGAAUCAAAUGUUGUACUGGAUGUACAUCAUAUUGCUUGUGGAGUUAGGCAUGCUGCCGUAGUUACUAGGCAAGGUGAAAUCUUUAGUUGGGGUGAAGAAUCUGGUGGACAGCUUGGCCAUGGAGUUGGGAAAGAUGUUACUAAACCUCGUCUAGUGGAAUCUUUAUCUUUUUGCCACGUUGAUUUUGUUGCAUGUGGAGAGUUUCAUACUUGUGCUGUUACGACAUCUGGUGAACUGUAUACAUGGGGAGACGGAAGACAUAAUGCAGGGAUCUUGGGUCAGGGAACUGAUAUCAGUCACUGGAUACCAAAGAGAAUUUCAGGUCCUCUUGAGAGACUUCAUGUUGCAACUGUUACUUGUGGUCCAUGGCAUACUGCCUUGAUAUCCUCAACUGGACAACUCUUUACAUUUGGGGACGGAACUUUUGGAGUUUUGGGCCAUGGAAAUCGAGAACAUAUUUUGUAUCCGAGGGAGGUAGAGUCUCUAGCUGGGUUGAGGACAAUUUCUGUCGCAUGCGGAGUUUGGCACACGGCUGCUGUGGUUGAGGUCAUUGUAACACAGUCUAGCACAAGUGUUUCAUCCGGUAAACUUUUCACUUGGGGUGAUGGUGAUAAAAACCGCCUUGGACAUGGUGACAAGGAAUCUCGACUUAAACCUACUUGUGUGACUGCUCUAAUCGAUUACAAUUUUCACAAAAUUGCCUGUGGCCAUAAUUUGACUGUUGGCCUUACUACAUCUGGGCGUGUUUUCACAAUGGGAAGUACAGUUUAUGGUCAGCUUGGAAAUCCUAGAUCUGAUGGAAAGUUACCUUGCUUAGUAGAAGACAAUCUUGUUUCUGAAUCUGUUGAAGAAAUUGCUUGUGGUGCAUAUCAUGUGGCUGUGUUAACAUCCAAAAAUGAGGUCUUUAUGUGGGGAAACGGGGCUAAUGGAAGGUUGGGCCAAGGAGAUAUAGAAGAUCGUAAAAUGCCAUCACUAGUAGAAGCUUUAAAGGAUAGAAGUGUCAAAUAUAUUGCCUGUGGUUCAAAUUACACGGCUGCAGUAUGUCUUCAAAAACGGGUUUCUGGUGCCGAUCAGUCUCAAUGUUCAGCUUGUAGACAGGUUUUUGGCUUCUCAAGAAAGAGGCAUAAUUGCUACAAUUGUGGACUAGUACACUGUCAUGCUUGCAGUUCAAGAAAAGCAUUGCGAGCAGCAUUGGCACCUAAUCCCAUCAAACCAUAUCGUGUCUGUGAUUCAUGUUUCUCUAAGCUCAGUAACCGGAGAGAUUCUGUACCACGCAUUUCAGGCGAAAGUACUGAUGCAAUCGAAAGGACUGAUCUACAAUCAACCAAGUCGGAAACACAAUCCAAUAUUGAUUUGAUUAAACGUUUAGAUGCAAAAGCGGCCAAGCAAGGAAAGAAAGCCAAUACAUUUGCAUCAGGUCGUUCCUCUCAACUACAUUCUUCAUCACAGAUGAGAGAUGCAGUUAUGUAUGCAGAUGUUGAUGUGCUGCGAACUGCACAAAAACCAAUUCUUACACCAUAUAGUGUUAGUUCCAGGUCUGUAUCACCCUUCUCGAGCAAAACCAGUCCCCACCGAUUUGCAACACCAGUUCCUACAACGUCAGGACAUUCUUUCUCCGAAACAAAUACUGAUACUUUGAAGAAGACAAAUGAAUUUCUGAACCAAGAAGUACACAAAUUGCGUGUACAGGUUGAGAGCCUUAGAAAUAGAUGUGAUCUACAAGAAUUGGAACUUCAGAAAUCAGUGAAGAAAGCUCAGGAAGCAAUAACAUUGGCUGCAGAGGAAUCUGCUAGCUGUAAAUCUGCAAAAGAAGUGAUAAAGUCACUCACAGCUCAGCUCAAAUAUUUGACUGAGAGAUUACCAUCGGGGGUUUAUAAUCCUGAUUACAUCAAGUUGGCUCACCCACCACAUACUACAGACUGUCCUGUCUCUGAUGGAGAAGGGAGUUCAAGAUCUGAUUCAAUCAACGACUCCUACAUGGCCUCACACAUUGGAUUCGACUCCAUUACUGUAAAUGAAAUGCAUGGCCACGCUGAAUUGGUUGGGGAUACUAUUGAGAGAAAUAAAAAUGACUCUAGUGCUCAGGAACAUGGACUUUCCACCUUAAAUGGAAUGAAUGACGACUCAAAUGUCCAACUCUCUAAUGGAUGUAGUGUCCAGGGUUACAUGAAUAGUGUGCCUGACGGUGUUGACACUAAAGAAUCUGGACCUGUUGAAGGUGGUGAUAAUGGCUUCAAAUCUAGAGAUGCAGUGGUUGCUGGUAAUUCUAGUCAAACUGAGACUGAGUGGAUUGAACAAUACGAAUCUGGUGUGUAUAUAACACUUGUAGCGCUUCCAGAUGGGACAAGAGAUCUCAAACGUGUGCGUUUCAGGUGCAAUAGUAUAAUUCAAAAUUUGAUCUUAAAAAUAAAGAGCAUAUUACCCUUUAAAGAGUUUCUUCGAGAUACAUUGACUAUUAAUGGUAAAAGAGAAUUUAGGUUGUGGGCUCGUGUUCUUCUAGACGGUAGUAUUUAUAUAGAGAUUUAUGCCUUUUUUGUGUUUGUUUUAUUAAUUAUAAUUGCGAAUUUUGAUUCUCUGCUUUUCUCUUCUUUUGACUACGUACUCCACACCACCUUCGGCCAUCUCUCUCUCUCACACACUAUUGUCGCCAGAGCCGGUAUUCCACUUCCGGCCGCUGGAGAAAAAUUUGAUUACUCGUCUUCCGUACAAGCACCACUACACUGUAACAACGUAACAGCCAGGUGUACGCUGACAUUUAUGCUUCAACUGAAGCAAGUUUUACAGAUCCGGGGGAGUGAAAUGGUGGAUUAUGCCAUUUUACCAGAAAUGGUUGACAGGUUCGUUGACAUAAUUGGUGUUGACAAUAUAUGA